AUGCCCGAGCAGAUCCUCGCAGGAAAGACCUGUCUCAUCACCGGCGGAGCUGGUGGACUGGGCAAGGCGAUCGCGACUCAGUUUCUCAGCGCUGGCGCCAACGUCGUGAUUUGCGACAUCAACGAGGAGCGACUGCAACAAGCCUCGGCAGAGUUGUCCUCCAAGGGGGCCAUUCGAGCCAUCAAGACCGAUAUCACCAAGGUCGACGAGGUACAAAGUCUAUUCGACGAGCUGAUCCGCGAGUUUGGCAAGAUUGACGUCUUGGUGAACAACGCCGGGAUCAUGGAUCAUUUCGCUCCGGUUGGAGACCUCGACGUGGAGCAGUGGGAGAGAGUGAUGGCACUGAACCUCACCGCUCCCAUGGUCCUGAGCAAAAUGGCUGUUCGUAACAUGCUGGAGCAGCCGAAGCCCGAUGGCCGGAUUAUCAACAUUGUCUCUGUUGCCGGUCGUGCUGGAUGGGCUGCUGGCGCCGCUUAUACUGCCAGCAAGCAUGGUCUGGUUGGUUUGACCAAGAAUACUGCUGCAUACUAUGGCAACAAGGGCAUUCGCUGCAACGCCAUGAUGAUGGGGGCCAUGAACACCAACAUUGCCGAUGUGUUCAAGACCGGCAUGCACAUGGAGGGCUAUCAGAAGAUGAAUUCCGUCUACGAGUCUAUUAAGGCUCCUGCUUGCGACCUGGAUGAAGUUGCUGGGUUCUGCGUUAACUUGACCUACGGCCCUGGUGCCAGUGUCAUCAAUGGCGCGUGCAUUGCCAUCGACAACGGCUGGACCUGUGUUGUUGGUUAA